AUGCUCCAGUUUCUCCGGAAUGUCCUUCGGCGGUUUGCAGGGCCUUCAACUUUCACUGAAAGUCGACGGAGCAAUUCGAUGUUGGAGGCCACUCUCAGGUCCACAUCUCACAGGCCUACUGAGUUUGUGGAUAACUUGGACCUAUCGGAACGAACCGAGUUUAUCCACUAUUACAAAGUUGCGUCGAAUGGAUUUCUCAAUCUACUUACGGAUGGCAUAUUGAGCCAGCUAAAUUCCGAAACCAUCGCUACACUUGAACUUGAGGAUACAUCGUCGAAGGACGAUAUAACGGCAGCGUACUUGGUAAUUGCCAUUGGAGCCCACUGCAGAGGCAACGGUGACAAAGAUGUCAAGACGUCUUCGAACUAUUUUGCGGAGGCACAACGCCUCGGCUUCCAGGAUAUGCUGCUAAAUCCGAGUCUUUGUAUGGUGAGAAACUUUAUACUUAUGGCGUUUUACAUGUUCUGUGCUUGUCGUAGAAAUACGGGCCUGUUGUACCUGGGAGUUGCAUCGCGAGCAGCCACUAUCCUCGGUUUACACUUACCGGAGUUGAAUGCGACUUUACCGGCCGAUAUACGGACAGUGAGAGUUCAAAUAUGGAAGAGCCUGCGAGUUCUCGAUCUCAUUUGCAACUCUAUUCUUGGUAGACCGAGCGGAACGCAAGAUAUCCAACCCGAGGCCCAAGAGGCCAGAGGGAAAACUGAAUUACUCGCUCAUACCUCGAUGACAUUAGAUGCCAUGUUUGAAUCAUGCUCUGUCGUCGAGCUAAUAGCACAGAAGAUAAAUCGGGACGGAAUUCUUGACAUUUCUACUGCUGAAGAGUUCUUGCAGAAACUACGUGGUUGGGCACAAGGCCUACCGCCAACCUUGCGUCAACUUUUGACACGAGAUAAUGACGGUUGCGUGGAAGACAAUCAUCAACAAGUCGCUAUUGGCAACAUUCAUGUAGCCUGUAACUAUUAUUUUGGUGUCAUGUUGACUACACGGCAAUUUCUCAUCAGCGAGGUUAUCACUUGGCUGCAGCAAAAACAAGCAAACCGAAGUGACCCGGAACAAUCCUUUGCCCCCUCACCAUCAGAUGCAAAGGCUCAAGAGCUAGCAAGAGUGUGUACCGACUCUGCUACUUAUCUUGUACAAAUGUGUCAUGACGCUGGCACGUCCGACUUCCUGCUGGGUAAUAUGUGUAUACUACAGGCGUGGGUUUUUGCUGCAGGACUCAUUCUUGGGCUCUCCCUCCUACGGCCACCCGAUAUAACGAGUUCGGAAUCGAACUUUUACUUUUCUUCAUCGCAGAACGUCUUGAAGCGGAUUGCCAAGUUGAGUGCUCAGGCACAACGGUACGCUGAAAUCCUAUCCGACUUCUCGAGAGCCAUCGAAGCAUACCACCGACAGCUACAAAAAAGUUCUUCUUCGAGCAAUAUCCUUUUGGAACGAAUACUGAAGCCUACGCCUACUAAUGAGAGUGGCAACAAUACAACAGGACUCCCUUCACCAAUGAUCAGUCACAUGGGGUUUUCGCCGACUGAGGAGGGGGGCAGACCAUCUAUCGACUUGCUCGAUGGUAUGCUAAUGCACGAGCCGAGCGCUAUCGCUCUGUCAUUACAGAAUACCGAUGAUUUUGGAUUUGACAUUCUAUGGAACGAUUACAUGUCCACCACAGAACCUCAGGAGGCACCAUUAAAUGGAAAUUUUGAACAAUCCUCUUGGCGUUUGAACGAUCUUACAUCAAAUCUAUACCAAGAAGGAUGUGGUUCAUGA